GAAGACACGCAAUUUAUCCGCUUUGGCGCGGAGCAUGGGAGCUGCCGUGUCCAAGAGGAAGAAUUUAAGGAAUGAUGCGAUUUCUUCAGUGGCCGCAAAAGUUAGAGCAGCCCGAGCAUUUGGAGACUACCUCUCACAGAACCAUCCAGAAAACUGCAACGGAUCCGCACACCUGCUGUCUGACACAUACAUCGGCCAAGACACAGACUCGCCAGACAUAAGCGGACUGCAGAACAACAACCUCCUUCACCCCUACCACCACCACCACCACCAGCAGCACCAGCACUGCGCUACUCCGCCCGGCCCGGGCAGCGGCCCAGCUGCUUGCUCCACCACCUCCUCCUCCUCCUCCUUGUCCUCCUCCGCCAAGCGCCGGCUCUCGGUGGAGCGCAGCCUCUCCGCGGAGAGCGACUCCAUGCCCAGCUCGCAGCUCGGCGGGGGCAGCAGCAGCGGUGGUUCCAGGAGGAAUAGCGGCGGCGGCGGCGGCGGCGGGGGAGGUCUGGCUGCAGCGGUGAUGGCCGUGACAGAGGGCUCCCUGAAGCCACCGGCGCGCGUCUACACCAUCACCCGGGAGGGAGGCACGCUGAUGGGGGGACGCAGCAGCCAGGAGAGCCUGGAGCUGGAGGUCCUCAAACCGGCCCCUGGGGAACCUGCACAGCCGCAGCAGCACACACAGCAGCAGCAGGCGUCCCACUCCAGAGGCCAGAGCCAGCAGUCUCUGCAGGGUGGAACAUCAUCGUCAUCGUCGUCAUCUUCAUCAUCGACCCGUAGCCAUCACCGCGGCGGAGGAGGCCCACUGCAGCGUAGCAGCACCACUGGAGCAGGAGCAGGAGCAGGAGCACAGCUGCACAGCCAGCAGCAUCUUCAGCCUCAGGGCCAUCAGGGCCAGGGUCAUCAUCAUCAUCAGCCGCUGCGGAGCUCGGGCAGCGCCCACAACAUCCGCGACUGGGGCGGGCGGCGAGGAGGCUCUCGUGAGGACUGCAGCCCCGACUGCAUGGCGGCGACGGCCUGCGUCCGGCCGCCCUGCCGCGCCCAGCGCUCCCUAGACCUGGACACCUCCCCCCACGACGGCACAAACAACUGGUUCCCCAAAGAGAACGUGUUCAGCUUCCAGACCGCUUCUACUACAAUGCAAGCCUCUGGGGGUGGCCGUGGCCUAACGCUGUUCCAGAACCUGAAGAAGCUGAUGAGACCAUAUUCCAUUGAGUUUAAAUCGCCCCUGGAGCUGUCUGCACAGGGUAAGGAGAUGAUCGAGCUGUACUUCGACUUCCGCCUCUUCCGCCUGUGGAAGACGCGCCAGCACUCCAAACUGCUGGACUACGACGAUCUUCUCUGA